UCUCCUCCUCGUCACCUGCUGAUCUCUUGUCAUUCUUCAUCAAUUCUACCCAAAUCACCCCCUUACUAUUGUAAGUCAAGAUUACCCGAAGACAAAAUGGCCGCGAAAGUUGGUAUCAAUGGCUUUGGCCGUAUCGGUCGGAUUGUAUUCCGCAACUCCUUCUCUCAUGACAACACCGAAGUGGUGAUGGUGAACGAUCCUUUUAUCGAGGUCCAAUACGCAGCAUACAUGCUCAAGUACGACUCUACCCACGGCACCUUUGCUUAUGAUAUCCACGUUGAUGGCGACUGCCUUAUUGUGGACGGCAAGAAGGUCAAGUUCUAUGCGGAAAAGGAUCCUUCCAAAAUUCCAUGGAAGGAUGCUGGGGCGGAAUAUAUCAUUGAGUCAACUGGCGUGUUCACUACAGUGGAAAAGGCCAGUGCUCACCUUCAAGGUGGCGCCAAGAAGGUCAUUAUCUCUGCUCCUUCUGCCGACGCACCCAUGUACGUCAUGGGGGUGAAUGAGAAGACCUAUGUAGGGGCCGACGUGGUGUCGAAUGCCUCCUGCACUACCAACUGCUUGGCGCCUUUAACCAAGGUUCUACAUGAUAGAUUUGGUGUAAUUGAAGGCCUGAUGACCGCGGUUCAUGCCUACACUGCCACGCAAAAGCUAGUCGAUGCACCUUCUCUGAAGGACUGGCGUGGUGGCCGUGCUGCCGCCGAGAACCUGAUCCCGAGUAGUACAGGGGCGGCCAAGGCCGUUGGUAAGGUGAUCCCUGAGCUCCAGGGUAAAGUGACCGGAAUGUCUAUCAGGGUGCCAACCUCCAAUGUGUCCGUGGUUGACCUGACCUGUCGCCUGGAGAAAGGAGCUUCGUAUGAGGAGAUUGUUACCGCGAUAAAGGAAGCUGCACAGGGACAUUUAAAGGGUAUUCUCGAUUACACCGAGGAUGACGUUGUCUCAAGUGACAUGAAGGGAAACCCUCAUUCAUCGAUUGUUGACAUCAAGGCUGGUAUCUCUCUGAACUCGAACUUCGUCAAGUUUGUGAGCUGGUAUGACAACGAAUGGGGAUACAGUCGUCGGGUGCUAGACCUGACUGCCUACAUUGCCAGUGUUCGGAAGUAG